GCGGCGGGGCCGGGGGAGGAGGGGGGGGGAGGGAUCGGGGUGGGAGGGGGGGGGGCGGCGGCCAUUUUGCGGCGGCGGAUGGCGGCGGCUCCGCGGCGGGGCUGAGGCCGGUGGAGGCGGAGCGGGAGGCGCCUCCCCGGGUCCCUCCGCCCGCCUCCCUCCUCCCUCUUCCCCCCCCCCCCCCCCCCCCCCCCAACCCGCACGGUGAGGUGCCGGGGCUGCGGCGGGAACGGCCGGGAGCGAUCGGAGCGCCCCCCCCCCCGCGCCACCGACACCGUGGAAGUGGAGUGUGAGGAGGAGGAGGAGGGCCCCGCGCACACAGGCGGCUCGGCGGAGCGCAGGCUGGGCCGCCCGGGCGCCCAGGAGCUGGACGAGGGCUCGGCCCGGCGGCCGCCGGCGCAGGAUGAGGCCCCCCCUUCCCAGCAUGCCCUGGGGCAGGCGGGGGGCCCCGGGGCCCCCCCCCGCCCCCUGCCCCGCCCCCACCCGCCGUUGCACCCCCAGCUCCCCCCGGCCAGAAUGACGGGCAGCAACCCGGUGUCCCCCGCCUCCUCGGGCUCCCCCGGCAGCGUCUCGCCCCCCGCUUCUUCACCCGCCGGCCCCCCACGUCCCGAUGGCCCCCCCGGACCCCCGGAACCCCCCAGCCUCUGGGACAAGACCCACGCCGAGAUCGCCGAGCAGGCCAAGCACGAGGCGGAGGUGGAGCACCGGGUGGCGGAGAUGAAGCGUGAAGGGUUUUGGUCGCUGCGGCGCCUGCCCAAGGUCCCGGAACCAGCCCGGCCCAAGGUCCACUGGGAUUAUCUCUGCGAGGAGAUGCAGUGGUUGGCCGCUGACUUCGCCCAGGAACGGCGCUGGAAGAGGGGUGUCGCCCGCAAGGUGGUGCGGAUGGUGAUGCGGCACCACGAGGAGCAGCGGCAGAAGGAAGAGCGGGCCAAGCGGGAGGAACAGGCCAAGCUGCGCCGGGUGGCCGCCGCCAUCGCCAAGGAGGUCAAGCAGUUCUGGAGCAACGUGGAGAAGGUGGUGCAGUUCAAGCAGCAGUCGCGGUUGGAGGAGAAGCGGAAGAAGGCCCUGGACCUGCAGCUGGACUUCAUCGUGGGCCAGACCGAGAAGUACUCGGACCUGCUGAGCCGCAGCCUCAACGCCCCCCGCGCCCCCCCUGGGGCCCCUCGACGGGGACCCCCCGUCCCCCACUCCCACCUUGGCCACCAAGACGGGGACGCGGAGCCGCCGGAUGACGACAUCACCGAGGGGCCCCCCCCCGAGACGCGGCGGCGCGAGCUGGAGCUGCUGAAGCGGGAGGGGGAGCUGCCCCUGGAGGAGCUGCUGGGCUCCCUGCCCCCACAGGCGCUGCUGCGAAGGAACAAGCGGCCCUGGGAGCCCCGCGAGGAGGACGAGGAGUUCGCGGCCGAGGAGGAGGAGGGCGAGGACGAGGAGGAGACGAUCGCGGCGCAGGAGCGGCUGGAGGGCGACGUCGACCACAAGCAGGAGCUGGACGACCUGGCCCGCGAGGGGGCGCUGCCGAUGGAGGAGCUGCUGCAGCAAUACGCCGGCGCCUUCGCCGACUCCGACUGCGACUCCCCCCCCGGCGCCAGCAGCACCCGCUCAGACUCGCCGGCGGCCGAGAGCGACGAUGAAGAGGAGGAUGAGGAAGAAGAAGAGGAAGAGGAGGAGGAAGACGAGGAGGAGGAAGAAGAAGAGGAAGAGGAGGAGGAAGAAGAGGAGGAAGAGGAGCAGGAGGAGACCGAGGCGGGUGCCCCCGCCCCCGAGGACCCUUCCCCACCCCCCGGCACCCAAGAGCACCCAGGGGGACCCCUGCCCUCCGCCGCACCGCCCCCCACCGCCGCCCCCACCCCCAAGAAGGAGAUCACCGACAUCGCCGCCGCCGCCGAGAGCCUCCAACCCAAGGGUUACACCUUGGCCACCACCCAGGUGAAGACACCCAUCCCUCACCUGCUGCGGGGCACCCUGCGGGAGUACCAGCACAUCGGGUUGGACUGGUUGGUCACCAUGUACGAGAAGAAGCUCAACGGGAUCUUGGCCGACGAGAUGGGGUUGGGCAAGACCAUCCAGACCAUCUCCCUCCUGGCCCACCUCGCCUGCGAGAAGGGCAGCUGGGGCCCCCACCUCAUCAUCGUGCCCACCAGCGUGAUGCUCAACUGGGAGAUGGAGCUGAAACGCUGGUGCCCCAGCUUCAAGAUCCUCACCUACUACGGGGCGCAGAAGGAACGUAGGCUGAAGCGCCAGGGUUGGACCAAACCCAACGCCUUCCACGUCUGCAUCACCUCCUACAAGCUGGUCCUGCAGGACCACCAAGCUUUUCGGCGGAAGAACUGGAAGUACCUCAUCUUGGAUGAAGCCCAGAACAUCAAGAACUUCAAGUCUCAGCGUUGGCAGUCGCUGCUCAACUUCAACAGUCAACGCCGGCUGUUGCUGACGGGGACGCCGCUGCAGAACAGUCUGAUGGAGCUGUGGUCCCUGAUGCAUUUCCUGAUGCCCCGCGUCUUCCAAUCCCACCGGGAAUUCAAGGAAUGGUUCUCCAACCCCCUGACCGGGAUGAUCGAGGGUAGCCAGGAGUACAACGAGAGCCUCGUCAAGCGCCUCCACAAGGUGCUCCGCCCCUUCCUGCUGCGCCGGCUGAAGGUGGACGUGGAGAAGCAGAUGCCCAAGAAGUACGAGCACGUCCUCAAGUGCCGCCUCUCCAAGCGCCAGCGCUACCUCUACGAUGACUUCAUGGGCCAGGCCAGCACCAAGGCCACCCUGGCCAGCGGACACUUCAUGAGCGUCAUCAACGUGCUGAUGCAGCUCCGCAAGGUGUGCAACCACCCCGAUCUCUUCGAACCCCGACCCGUCCACUCGCCCUUCAUCACCGAGGGCAUCUGCUUCGUCACCGCUUCCCUCGUCCUCCGCGCCCUCGACCCCGAUCCCUUCAAGCACGUGGACAUGGGGCUGUUUGAUCUGGUGGCCCUGGAGGGCCGGGUGUCCCGCUACGCCGCCGACACCUUCUUGCCCCGCUGGCGGGUGACACGUCGCCUGGUCGAGGACGUCGCCGCCGCCCCCGACCCCCCACCGCGCCCCAAACCUGUCCGCAUGAAAGUCAACCGGAUGCUGCAGCCGGUGCCGAAGGCGGAGAACCGGGCGGUGCUGCUGCUCAACAGCCCCCGCCCCGGGGGGGGGCACCCAGUGCCCCUGGGGGUGCUGCCGCUCGGCCCCGCCCCCCCGCCUGCUGGCCACGCCCCUCCACCACCUGGCCACGCCCCUCCACCGCCUGGCCACGCCCCUCCACCGCCUGGCCACGCCCCCCAGCCUGCUGGCCACGCCCCCUUGCUGGUUGCCCCCGCCCCCAGUGGAGUGACGCUGGGCCCCGCCCUCUUAGCCCCCGCCCCUCCUGCCCCGGCUCCUCCCACUGUAGGCCCCGCCCCUACCAGUGGGGCUCCGCCCCCUCCUCCUGCUGCUGCUGCUGCUGCCCCUUUGCUGCCCCCCGGGGGGGCGGGGCUGGGGCUGGGGCUGGGAUUGGCCCUGGCGGCCCCAGCCCGGCCCCCUCCCACCCUGUUGCCUGCGUUGGCUCCGCCCACCACUGGCUCCACCCACGCCCUGCCUCCUGCUCCUCUGGUCUCUCCCCCCGCAGCGGGAGCCCCCCGACCCCCCCAACCCCCCCCUACCCCAACCCUGGGGGGCAAGGGGGGGCCCCCCCUGGCUGCCUACGCCCUGCCCGGCCCCGGCCCCCAGCGCCUCCUGCUCGCCCCCGACAUGCAGGCCCGUCUGCCCUCCGGCGAGGUGGUGAGCAUCGGGCAGCUGGCAGCGCUGGCCCAGCGACCUGGGGGGACCCCGGGGGGGGCGACGCCGGGGGGGGCCAAACCCCUCACCCUGCAGCUCCAGGGGAGCAAACUCACCCUGGCCGCCCCCCCGCUGCGGCACCUGGCCCUCGCCCCCCCUCGCGGCCUCCCACGGAACGUGGUGCAUUUGGUGGCAGCUGGGGGGCAGCACCCGCUCCUGGGCCCCCCCGCCCAGGUCACCCUGCUGGCACCCGUCGCCCCCCCGGCCCCCACGGGGGGGCCACCCGCUGGGACCCCCCCCCAGCCCCCCACCAUCAGCCUCCCCAUCGCCACCGCCCAAGUGCCGACGCCACUGGUGAACAGCGGGGGGGUGGUGAAGAUCGUGGUGCGUCAGGCACCCCGCGACGGGCUGGCGGCACCCCCGGCGCCCCCCCCGGCACCCCCACCCGCACCCCGACCCCCCGCGCCACCCCCGGGGCGGCCCCUGCUGCGGGUGCUGCCCGCGCCCCCCCCCCGCCGGGCCCCCGACCGCCGGCGCCGCGACCGCCGCCGGACCCGAACUGAUGGCACCCACAGCACCCACCGCCCCCCCUCCCGCCGCUGCCGCCGCCGCCCCCCUGGGGGCCCCCCCGGCCCCCCCCGCCGCUGCCCCCCCUCGAGAGGAACCCGAGGGGCCGGGGGGGCCCAGCCCCCCCCCAGCACCCACCCCACCCCGGCCGCCCCCCGCCGCCAGCCCCCACCCCCUCCGCGCUCCCCCUUCUACCUGGAGUCCCUGGAGGCGAAGCGGGGGAGGGGCCGCGCGGAGCGGCUGGAGCGGCUGCUGCGGCUGAACGAGCUGCGCUGCGGGCUGGCCCCCGUCUACGGCAGCGAAGUUUUGGGGCUCUGCACCCUGCCCCCCCCCACGCCCCCCCCGGGGGGAGCCCUGGCUCGAGCCGUCCUCGCCCCCCCGCAACGCCUGCGCCAGCUCCAGCCCCUCCUGGACAGGUUCAUCUUCGUGCUGCCGCCGGUGGAGGCGCGGGGGGUGGCCCUGCACAGCUGCCGCCCCCCACCCUGGCGCCUGCGCCAACGGGCGCAGCUGGAGCAGCGGCUGCGGGAGGAGCUGGCGCCCCGCGGGCGAGCGUUGCACCGGGUGCUGCGCAGCAUGCGCACCCACUUCCCCGACCUGCGCCUCAUCCAGUACGACUGCGGGAAGCUGCAGACGCUGGACGUGCUGCUGCGGCGCCUGAAGGCGGGGGCCCACCGCGUCCUCAUCUUCACCCAGAUGACCCGGAUGCUCGACGUCCUCGAGCGCUUCCUCACCUACCACGGCCACAUCUACCUGCGCCUGGACGGCAGCACCCGCGUCGAGCAGCGCCAGGCCCUGAUGGAGCGUUUCAACGCCGACAAGCGCAUCUUCUGCUUCAUCCUCUCGACCCGCAGCGGCGGUGUCGGCGUCAACCUGGCAGGUGCCGACACCGUCGUCUUCUACGACAGCGACUGGAAUCCCACCAUGGAUGCCCAGGCCCAGGACCGGUGCCACCGCAUCGGCCAGACCCGUGACGUCCACAUCUACCGGCUCAUCAGCGAGAGGACAGUGGAGGAGAACAUCCUCAAGAAGGCCAACCAGAAGAGGAUGCUGGGAGAUAUGGCCAUCGAGGGGGGGAAUUUCACCACCGCCUACUUCAAGCAGCAAACGAUCCGGGAGCUCUUCGACAUGGCGCCGGAGGAACCGGGGCGCCGGGAGCCGGACAGGGACAAGGAGAAGGACAAGGAACGGGACAAGGACAAGGACGGGGACAUCCCCCCCGAUGAGGACGAGGACCCGGCAGCCACCCGACGCACCCACAUCCUCGAGCAGGCACUUUGCGGGGCGGAGGACCCCGAGGACAUCCGGGCGGCCUCGCAGGCGCAGGCGGAGCGGGUGGCAGCGUUGGCCGAGUUCAGCGAGAGCCUCAGCCCCGAGGAAGAGCGAGGUGGCCCUGAGCCCGAGGAAGAGCUCUCCAAGGCCGAGCAGGAGAUCGCCGCCCUGGUCGAGCAGCUGACGCCCAUUGAGCGCUACGCCAUGAAUUUCCUGGAGGCGUCGCUGGAGGACGUCAGCCGGGAGGAGCUGAAGCAGGCGGAGGAGCAGGUGGAAGCGGCGCGGAAGGACAUCGACCAGGCCAAGGGGGGUGGGCGCUUCCGCCUGCCCCCCCAGGAGGAGGAGGAGGAGGAGGCGGCCGCCGCCCCAGGGGGUGACGAAGGCCCUGGGGGACCCCGACGGCCCCGACGGGUGCGGGGUCCCACCCGGCCCCUCCCCGAGCGCCCCGGCACCCGCGCCAGCCAGCGCCUGCGCGCCGCCGGGACGGCCAACCGGGCCCCGCCGGCGUCCCCGCGGGUGACACCUCCGUCCCCGCGGGCCCCCCCGACCUCCCCGCGGGCGACGCCAACAUUGCCCCGGGCGACGCCGACGUCGCCGCGGGCCGCCCCCACGUCGCCGCGGACGCCGCCGACGUCCCCCCGCGGGGCGGGGACGUCCCCCCGACGGUCCCCGGCACCUCCAGCCACGGCCACCCCGGUGACGUCGCAAGCCAACGCUGUGACGACACAAGCAGCCCCGGUGACGUCACAAGCGAACACGGUGACGUCGCACGCUGCCCUGGUGACGUCACAUGCGGACCCACUCCUGCCCGCUGCCCCUGUGACGUCGCAAGCGAUCCCGGUGUCAUCGCAGCCGGCCACGGUGAUGUCACAAACAUCCCCGGUGAUGUCACAAACACCCCCGGUGACAUUGCAGUUGGCGCCAGUGACAUCACAACCGCUCCCGUUGACGUCGCAACCAGCCCCGGCAGCUGCCAAAGCAGCCGCUGUGACGCCGCAACCGCCCCCGGUCCCAUCCCAGGCGCCGGUGACGCCCAGCACCCCACCGCCAACGUCGCACCCGGCACCGGUGACAUCACAAGUGGUGCUGCUGACAUCACAGCCAGCACCGGCACCAUCCCAGGUGACUCUCCCGCCAUCCCAGGCGGCGUCGGCGCAACCGGACGCAUCGCCGCCAACGUUGGCCACGCCGCCCGCGCCGUCACCACCGGCCCCGGCACCCUCGGAAGCGUCGCCGGUGACACCGGAGGGGCCGGUGGAAACGCCGGCGAGUGGGGCGGGACUGGGCGGGGCCGGGCGGGGUCCCCGCCGCCGCCGCAGCGCCGACGUGGAGAUCCGGCAGAGCCGGGGACCGGGGCCGGCGGCCAAGGUGCUGCGGCAGCUGCCGGGGCGGUUGGUCACAGUGCUGGAGACCCCCGUCCCGGGGCGACCCCGGCGUCGCCGCCACGACCCCCCCGGCGCCAGCCCCAGCCCUGGCGCCAGCCCUGGCCCCCCAAAACGUCGCCGGGGGCGUCCCCCCAAACGCCGGGGGGGGCCGCGUCGCCGCCACCACCACGAGCCUCCCAGCAAACGGCGGCGGGGGCGGCCGGCUCGGGGGGGAUCAGUGGCCACAGGGGCCCCCCAAAGCCCCGGCAAACGGCGGCGGGGGCGGCCCCCCAAGCGUGCGUCCCCCGACAGCAGCGCCUCGCCCCCCCCGGCACCCCGCAGCACCCGCCGGCACCCCAGGGCCCCCCUCAUGGCUCCCCUGGAGCGGGAGCCGGGCCGACGGCGGCGGCGUUCUCCCCCGCCUUCCUCGGAGGAGGGGGGGAGCGGGGACGAGGGGGGGCGGCGGCGGCCCCCCCCAGCCAAACGGCGCCGGAGGGGGGGCGGGGGGGCUCCCCGGCACUGUCGGCGGCGGCCUCCACCGCCGACGCGGCGUGGGCGGCAGCGGCGGCGGCAGCAGCCCCCCCGGCGCUGCACAGCCCCUCCCGCCGCCAACACCCGCUCAGCCGCUGCUGCCCCCACCCCGUCCGGGGGUCCGCCAGCACCCCCCGACACCCCCUCGGCGGUGGCAGCGGCCGUCCGCGGCCGCAAGGCCAAGACGUGA